AUGACAACACCUGAAUCCUUCCUUGUUUUCCCCUCAGAUCCCAAGUGUGGGCAGAAAGCUCAAGAGACCAGCGCCUGGAGUUCUUUUGCCCUUUUCUCUCGGAUUGUUGGGGGGCACCAGGUGAAGCAAGGCUCACACCCAUGGCAGGUUUCCCUGAAGAGAAGGCAGAAGCAUUUCUGUGGAGGCACCAUUGUUUCUGCUCAGUGGGUGGUGACAGCAGCUCACUGCACCCUGGACAGGAACUUACUGCAAUACUUGCAAGUCACUGCAGGAGAGCACGACCUGGGGCUCAGGGAGAGCAGUGAGCAGACACUGCCUGUCAAAUCUGUCAUCCAGCACCCCAAGUUUGACCGCAGGACUCCAAUGAACUAUGACAUUGCCCUUCUGAAGCUGGAUGGCACCUUCAACUUCAGUGCAUCAGUUUUGCCAGCAUGCCUUCCUCAGCCAGGUGAGAAGUUUGAAGCAGGAUUUAUCUGCACUGCUUGUGGCUGGGGCCGUUUAAAGGAAAAUGGACUGCUCCCUCAGGUCCUGCAUGAGGUCAGUCUCCCAAUCCUGAACAGCAGAGAGUGUUCAAGAGCUCUGUCAACUCUGAAGAAACCCAUCCAAGGUGACACCAUCAUGUGUGCUGGCUUCCCAGGGGGAGGAAGAGAUGCCUGCCAGGGAGACUCUGGAGGUCCCCUGUUGUGUCGAGGCAGGCACGGGGCCUGGACCCUUGCUGGUGUCAUCUCCUGGGGGAUGGGAUGUGCCCGUGGCUGGAUGGGGAACAAGGAGAAGAAAUAUUCCCAAAGAGGAUCCCCAGGGAUAUUCACGGACCUCAGCGUGGUGCUGCCCUGGCUGCAGGAGAACAUGAGUGCUGAUCUGAAAGUGAAAAGCUCCACAGCGUUUUGUAGUGUUCAGGAUGGCAAACUCUGCAGCAGAGAAGGGGAAUUGCAUUUUCCUGGAAGGCCUGGACAGUUCUAUCAAAACCACCAAUUGUGUAUAUGGACUGUGUGUGUGCCAGAAGGGAAUUACAUACGGCUUAGCUUCUCCCACUUUGAUGUAGAGCCAGAAAUGCUCUGUGACCACGAUUCUUUAUCAGUCUAUUCAAAAGAUGACAGACUCGUGGGGAAAUUCUGUGGAGGAGAUCUUCCAUUACCUAUUUUGAUUGGCUCCAAUAGCAUGAGGCUGAAAUUUGUUUCUGAUGAUGAGGAUUAUGGAACUGGUUUUUCCAUUACCUACACAGCUCUUACACCAGAUAUUCUCCCUGAUGCUGGCUGUGAGUCCCUGGCUGUCCUUUUUGAAGAAGGAGUGUUGGAGAGUAUGAACUACCCAGAGCACUACAGCAACCUGGCAGUCUGUCAGUGGGUGAUCUGUGCUCCAGAAGAGCACGUAGUCAAGCUUACAUACCAGUCUUUUGAAGUAGAAGAGAGUGAAGAUUGCUCCUAUGAUGCUGUGACUGUGUAUGAAGAUGUGGGAAAAAAGAAGGAAAUUGUCAAGUCUUGUGGACUUGCCCUGCCAGCACCUGUUCUAAGCUCCUCUGCUGUGAUGCUGGUUGUCUUCCACUCUGAUGAAACAGAGACCUUUGGAGGAUUCAGAGCUACAGUCUCCUUUGUUCAUGUGGCAGAUUUAAAUAUUGUGAAUUCAACUAGAGAAGAUUUUGAAAGCAUGAAUGUUACUGAAGAAGAAAUAAAGGUUACAACAGGGGAUGUUUGUGGAAUGCCUUCCAAUCAGCCCAGGUUCCUCUUCAGCAGGAUAAUUGGAGGUGAAGAAGCUGUGCCCUACUCGUGGCCUUGGCAGGCCAGUGUACAAAUUGCAGCAGAGCACAUCUGUGGAGGAGCAGUCCUUGCCCAAGACUGGAUUGUCACAGCUGCCCACUGCCUUCAUUCCAGGGAAGCAUACAGAGACUUAUGGAUGGUGGUAACAGGACUUCAUGAUCUUACAGACCAAGAGUACACACAGAAAAGGCCAGUCAAGCAGCAUUUGAUACACCCAAGUUUUAACGAGAGCACUCUGGACUGUGACAUUGCCCUGCUGCAGCUGGCUGAGCCCUUGGAAUUCAGCCCCUCCGUGCUCCCAGUGUGCCUCCCUGCCGAGCAGGAGCUGCUGCAGCCCUCCAGGACAUGUGUGGUCACAGGGUGGGGUGCACCUGAAGCAGACAGAGAAAAGGGGAAAAAACUGCAGCAGCUGGAAGUCCCCAUCCUGGCACCAGACAUAUGUCAGAGCUAUUACAUAAACCUUGCCAGUAAAGUGACCCAGGGGAUGAUCUGUGCAGGAUUCCCUCUGGAGGAAGGCAAGGACUCAUGCACAGGUGAUUCUGGAGGCCCAUUAGUUUGUCCUUCAGAAGACAACUUGGGGUUUUACACCCUCCAUGGCAUUACCAGCUGGGGCUUGGGAUGUGGAAGGAAGAACUACCCAGGAGUAUACACCAAUGUUGGUUUUUUUGUUGACUGGAUCAAGAAGAACAUUAAUAGUAGUGAUCUCCCCCUUUUUGUUGUGUGAGUGUCAAAAGAACAGUUCUGAUGGAGCCCAUUGUGAAACACUCCCAAAGCACAAAUGUCCCUGAAAACAAAAUUUGGUGGGAGCAUGCAGGUUUUUGACUGAUGAAAGAUCCCAGAGUAGCUGACACUUACCUGGGGAAUUCACUGCUGAUUUACCUGAAGGGAGACUUUGGCUUUGCACGUGUGUUGGAGCAGCCACAAGUGACCUGCAGGCUUCUGACACUCUAAUCCAUCAAAAGAGGGAAAAUAAGCCACAUGAGCCAAGCAUGUGCUUGAAUGUAGUGCUGGAAAGUAUAAAAACACUGCAGGGUAUUUUUAAUACAGGUUCUGGUUUCAUAGACUGUGUGGUGUGUGAACAAAAGUGUUUGAAAAGACAGGUGUUACAGGCCAAGGACCAUGCAAGAACUGACAGCUGCCCUAAUUAAUCUAGGCAUUAACUUGUACAAAUUAACAUUUGUUUGAUGUCCAAAAGGCUGCUUAUACAGACAUCUGUUGUGACAGGCUCCAGUUAGCUCUGCAGACCCUUGUGCUCUCAGCUUUAGUGUUUAAAACUAGAUUAGUAGGAUGGUAAAACAGGUAGAAUAAGAAUAAUCCUCCUCUGACUCAGUGAUCCAGAUAAUAACUAGAAGGUAAGAUAUCUCACUUAGUUUUUGUUGUUAUUAAUAGCAAAAAAUAUUUAGAGAGUUUUUCUCAUACAAGCAUUUGAUGCCUUAAAUCCCUCCCUUUUUAUUGUAUUAGUUUUGAACUUUGGUUCUUUGGGUUUUUGUAAACCUUUAAUUUUAUUCUGUAGCUGGAGAAACAGUAAUCUCACUGACUUUCUUCUCCAGUGGAUAAAGUAAACAUAUUUCACCACUUUCUUCUCUUCCCUGUAAAGUUUGAGGCAAAAGCCCACAAAAUAUUGAGCAUGAGUUUUUUGUGAAGCUAUGAAAAUACGUAACAGUGGAAGGAUUAUGAGAUUCAGUGAUUCAGAUUCACAGCUGUGUUGCAUUAUUGAUAGAGUGUUCUAUCUUUGCUAAACUCUCUGAAGACAUCUUCAGAGAGAAAUGGGGGGAAAAUAUCCUUUGUAAAUUUUUAUUAUAGAAGCCUGUUAAUGUUUGAUUGUGGUGGAAGUUGCCAUUAGCUGACUGACUCAGUUUAUGUUGGGAGCAGAUGUGUAUUAUUUCUUGACUGCUAUUCUGUUUUGCUUAACAAGAACACAGUGGCUUUUACCUGUUUAUUAAUUUAAGACAAGGAUUUCAAGUGGAAAAGCAAAAAGUGUGUGAGAACUACAGGUGAUAUCAGCUGUGAUGAUAUUGAAUGCAGUGGUUAUAUACUGAUAAGAUUGUUAUCUCUUAUGAAAAUUCCUGUCUUAAAUUCUCUCCUUAAAUGUCAGGUUUUGAUUUGAUAUGGCACUAACAUUUUGCUUGGCUGCUUGAUGUUGGCCUUUUGUGUUUCUCCUAGUAUGAUUUUACAAGGAACCUAGUUUUGCUUUUCUCUGUCACAUCUUUUUAGUCUCUUGUAAGGUGCCAGUGUGAACUGUUUUAGCAACAAUGUUAAUGGUUUUCUGAUGCAAAUGGAAUAUCGAUUAAAAAACCAAAAAAACCCUAAAAAAAUACCAGGGAGGGCACAUCCAGGGGUCACACAGGGGAAAGCACUGCUGCAUUCCAGCAUGUUGGAUCCCAGAACUCUGAGAUUUUGGAACCUUCUGUGCUUUCUGGCACUGACCCCCUAAAAGAACACUGCUUUUGAUCUGAGGCCUCGGAGAAGGCUUCCAAAUUUGAGUGAUAAGAGUUAAAAUCAUGGGUGUGUGGUUAAAACAGGAGUGUGUGA